AUGGGCUCCCUCAACCCUGCACCAUCCCAACAGCCCCAUGUCCCCAGCCCCGGAGUAUGGUGUCCAGCAGUCACAUUCUUCAACCACUCAGACGACACAGUAGACCAUGCCUCUCAAGCAAAAUACUUCGCCCAUCUCGCCGACUCCGGCCUAAACGGCCUUAUCGUGAUGGGCUCCAACGCCGAAGCCUUCCUCCUCACCCGCCAAGAGCGCUAUGAGCUCAUCGCCCUCGCCCGCAAGACAAUCGGCCCUGACUUUCCCCUCAUGGCCGGUGUCGGAGCUCACUCUACCAAGCAGACUCUGGAGCUUGCUGAAGAUGCUCACAAGGCUGGCGCGAAUUAUCUCCUCGUGCUGCCUCCUGCGUACUUUGGCAAGGCGACGAGUAUGAACGUUGUUAAGCGCUUCUUUUCGGAGGUUGCGAAGAAGUCGCCUUUGCCGGUCGUUAUUUAUAACUUUCCUGGUGUGACGAACGGUGUUGAUAUCGAUUCUGAGACGAUUGUCCAGAUCUAUGAGGAGAGCAAGAAGUCUCAUCCUAGCGGAAAGUCCAACGUCGUCGGCGUGAAGUUGACCUGUGGCUCCGUUGGAAAGAUCACCCGUCUCGCAGCUCAAAUCCCUUCUUCAGAAUUCUCUACAUACGGCGGUCAAUCCGACUUCCUCAUUGGUGGUCUAGCAGCCGGCAGUGUAGGAUGCGUCGCAGCCUUCGCCAACGUCUUCCCAACGCUGACAUCGAAGAUCUACGCUCUGUACAAAGAGGGAAAGUUUGACGAAGCGCUGAAGCUGCAACAGCUUGCUGCUCUUGCUGAGCGACCUUGCAAAGCGGGCGUUGCUUCUACAAAGUAUGCUGUUGCAGUGUUUUCGGCAAGAUUGGCGGGUGUCGAAGGGGCUGAGGAGAAGUUGGCCCCGAGACAUCCUUACGAGCCUGUUGGUGAGGCUGUUAAGACUAGUGUUAAGAGUAUCAUGAAGGAGGCGGGUGACAAGGAGGAGGAGUUGCUCAAGACUUGGACGGAUCGUGUCAAGGGACGUCUUAACUAG